CCUGCUUUAGUUAGUAACUCUGCUAUUGUAAUCACAUGAGAUUUAAAGUGCUUGUUUUUUCUUUGAUUUUGUAAGGCUGGGAGGGGGAGGAGCCGUCAUGCUCGGCCAUGCUCUUGCUCACGGAACAAGACAAAAAAGGGGAAAGGCAAAAACCGGAGGGAGAAAGAUCACUCUCAACAUGAAUCACCGACAGCUGAAAGUUCAACGUCCAGUAAUACACAUUACAGCUCUAAAACAUGACCUGCAGCCCCCUGGCAGCUGUCAUGACGACCAACCUACUGGAAACUGCUCAUGAAACUUAUUGCAAUGAUUAACAACAAAACUUUCUGCAGCUCUUUGUCACGUAGCAGUGCAUUUUGCUGCAACAAUAGAUUUGUAUAGUUCCUACAUCAGUAGAAAACCCUAGACUACGUCUGAUGUUGAUGAGAAGGGGACAGUAUAAGCAAAGAAGGUGAAAGCAAGGAGGCAUUAAAAUCUAAAAGCACCUCACACUGUUCCCUCUCCUAGAAACCAAACCAUCACUAGGUAAUAAAUGUCAGGGAAACCGGCUCAAAUGCCCUUGGCAUUUAGGUAUGGGAGUGAGAGAGAGAGAGAGAGAGAGAGAGAGACAGAGAGAGAGAGAGAGAGAGAGAGAGACAGAGAGAGAGAGAGAGCUUAUAAUAUAUCCCAAAACACAUUUGACUUUGGCAAAGGUGACAUAAAAAGCUGUGUAUAGCUUCCCUUGCAAUGUGACUGCUCUUUUAAACACAUGUAAAGAUGGAUCUGCAACUCAAGUACAAGAGGAGACCCAGGGCUUCCCUGCAAAAGUAGAAGCAGAAGGCUUUAGAAGGGUGUGACGGCAUUCCCUUUAACUUUCCCAGCUGUGCAACUGAACCCCAUCUUCUCUCCAAUAACCUUCUCCUCUCCAUGUCACAAGCCCCAGCCUCAGGGGUGACGUCAGCCCAGGAUGAGGCCUCCACUGGUGGGGACUCCCCUGAGGUGGAGUGCCCUGUGUGCUAUCAGGAAUAUGACCAGGACCGCAAGCUUCCACGCAUGUUGGAGUGCCUCCAUGUCUUCUGCACCGAAUGUCUUGAUAACAUCCAGUUGUCCCCACUCCACCCGCCUGACCCCCACAGCCCUCCCUCCAUCUCCUGCCCCUUGUGCCGCCACUCCACACCAUUAGAGGGUGGCGAUGCACACUCUCUCCCCUGCAACUCCCGUAUCCUCGCCCAGCUCCCACCUGUAACUUUCCGGCUACCUGUAUCUGUGUCCACUCGGCUGGCCACAGUGACGCAGAGGGUCAUCCUGUCUCUGGAGUCACGUGACACCCGCUUCAUCAUCUUACCCACCGUCAGCCUCCGGGUGGAGCAGAUGGGGGAGGGGUCGAGCUCACCAGAGCCCAUGGAGAGCAGAGCGGUAGUGCUGAGGAGCCACAGGAGAAGCCUGAUGUGUGUGCAGAUGCUGGUUGUGAUAUUCUGGUUGCUUUUUGUCUUGGGCUGUGUGAUUGGGGUGGUUUUUGGCCCAAACUUCUUCCACAACUGAAAGAGACUGAGAGAAAAAAAUUAGUAUGAUAGAGCCAAUUUUCUACUAUAUGACACUUAUGUAUACAUAUUAAUUAUACAGUGCUGUACAAAAGUCUUGAAACAGCCAUAAACCAUUGAGAAGAAAAAAUAAUUUAUUGUUUAAAAAAAGAACAUUAAAAAAGAACAUUAAAAGCACCUCCUUGUUUCUAGACUCACUGUCCAUUUCAUUACCUCCACUUACCAUCUUAACAUAUAAAUGCACUUUGUCGUUCUACAAUUACAGACUGUAGCCCUUCUGUUUAUCUGGAUACUUUGUUAGCCCCC